AUUUUUGUUUGCCCGUCGUAGAAUACCUCCAAAUUUGUUUGUCUACUGUUUUUUCUUUCGUGUUUUUUUGUUCUUGUCCUGGAGCCAGUAUCGGCUCGUGCUAACCGUAGCAGAUACUUGCAACAAGCAGUUGCUUCGAUAUGUUGCCUUGCAGCAAAAAUUUUGUACGUGAAAUCCUGACUGGCGAUUUGUAUUCAAACACGAAUUCCACGCGCUGGUGUGGAGCAGAUCGCCCCAAGUUCAAGCCACUGCGCGCCCAUCUGCCAAAACAUGCUGCCCCACAAAGGCUGGGCACACAUGAGUAUCGCCGCUAUCAUAAGGGAGUUGGAGUUCGGAAAAGCCUCGACGGGUCGUUGUGAGUCCAUGACGUGGCUGAUGGCACAGCAGAGUCUGCCGAUCUGGAGCAGGCGACUUUCUCGCAAGCUGGAGGGUGCGGGACGGCUCCAGAGUAACAGCAAGUGGUUCCAGUUCGACGUCGAGGUCAAUGAGCGCCUCUGGUCGCUCUGGGGUGGACUGCAUCCGCGCUCCACCUGGUUUGACGGCCAGACGAGAGGCCACCAGACGCUGGCCUGCUGUGUGGUUGCCUGCUGUGCGGCCAGCGUGUUCCGCAGCCUGGGCGAGUGGACGUCCAAGUUUCUGGACGCCAUUGUCAUCAACGGGGACAAAUACUAUCGCAAGAGCCUCCUCAAUAGCCGCAGCAACAAAAAGUCGAUCGGCUUGAACGAUUUGGCACUGGAGUGCGACUUCCAGGACAUAGGCUUCAUGGUCCAGCUGCAGUUGGUGGCCUUUGGCCAGCUCUACAGUUCCCCCGCCAGCAAUAUUAUGGGUCUCUACGAGGCGCUCAAUUACUUCUUCACCCGCUCCCAAUGGGGCAUACUUGUAUGCCAGCAUCGAUAUAUAGCAUUCGGGUAUUCCUCAAGCCGGGACGGUGGCUAUUUUCUCUACGACUGCACCGAGUGGGAUCGUCCACUUUUUCCCGACAACAUGGGCGCCUCCUAUGUCCUGCGUGCCAAGCAGCUGCUGAUGCUUCUCUACUGCAUUGUGGUGACCCUCAAUGUACGGAAACCUUACGUCGAAUUUCAACUUUACAGCGUGGAAGCGAAUCGCAUAAUGGAGAUCCGCUCAGACGAAGAACCGAGGCAGUAGUAUUGUCACAAUGUUUAAAAGCAUUUUCGUGGUGGGCAAAUAAAAAAAAUAAGACAAA